AUGAUUCUGGCGCCGGAAGGCGAAAGAAUAUACGAGCUGCCUGCAAUCAUUGCAAACGGCGAAAACUCAAGGCAGUGUUCUGGAGGCACACCAUGUGACCAAUGCCAGAAAUCAGGUCUGGAUUGCAGUGUCGACGAAGAAGGCGAUCAGCGUCGGAAGAAGGUGCUCAAACGCAAGUUCGACUCUGUUUCGGAGCGGGGAAAGCUCCUCGAUCGUCUUGUCAACACACUGCAGGAAACAGACCGAAUCAGGGCUGCACAGAUAAUGAAUUUGAUCCGCAGUCAUGCUUCCUUGGAGGAAGUUCAAUCAUUCAUGGACGACAUUAUGGACCAACCAAAAUUAGAAAAAACGCCGGAGCUCGUUGAGAUUUAUUCUGGAGUGAGAGACUUGACUGAAACUCACAAACGUACCUCAUUAGAGACUCUCGAUCAGCCGCGAUUGUCGGAGUCCAUAAUGAUUCAAGUGCCGGCCCACCCAUGGACGGCCAUCACUAGUGACAGCGAAUUUGUUUCUCAUCUGAUUUCAUUGUGGUUUAGUUGGUCACAUCCCUUUUUGAACUGGCUCGACCGAGAUCUAUUCAUCCGCGACAUGCAAUCUGGAAAUAUCGAAUCUGAGUUUUGCUCACCAUUUCUAGUGAAUAUAAUUCUAGCAGAUGCUUGCGCAUACUCCGAUUACCCUGAGGCAUAUGCUAUCAGUGGACAGUCAUGGUCUCGUGGGUUGCAAUUUUACAAAGAGGCGAAGCAUCAUCUGGACCGGAUGGAAGGUAAAGCGACAGUAUCCUAUGUCCAAGGACUCGGGGUUCUGUAUGUUUGUACCUGUAUGAUGGGCAAAGAUCGCAGUGGCUGGAUUUACCAUGGUCAACUUGUGCACGCCGUUCAAGAACUUGCUCAGAAUCAUCAUCCCGCCGAGUCAGAUUCUGAUCAAACUACACUCCGUACUUCACAGGCCACCGACACGGUUAUUUGGGGAAUAUUCAAUCUAGCCUCAAUGACCGCUCUGUCAUACCAGAAAAGGGGGUCGCUCACAAUACCGAAUCAUCCAUAUCCUCCUAUUCGCCAAGAUGUUCAUCGCGAAAAGUGGACAAAUUAUCCUCUCCAAUCGGAUCAAAUCACAUCGCAUAGCCAAUGUCUUUUUAAUGCAUUCUGCAAGCUGAGCGUCCUUACAUACGAGCUCAGCUGGUUGUUCUUUGGCAAAGAUAAGGCGCGCUUGAACAAGAAGUUUGUAGAAUCAACUGAAAACGUGUACAAUCGCUUAUACGGAUGUCUCAAAUAUCACACCAUUAUCCAAACAGUUUUUGGGUUUCUGAGAGGGUUGCCGCGGGAAGAGAACGACAACGAAACGGAAUCCGUUGAGUGGGAAGACAAGAUACAUGAAAGAGCGCAACAAAUUUGUUUUGCAUCCGCAAGAGAGUGCGGGCAGUUAAUUGAUGCGCAUCGGGAUGGAUGGGGGUUCGAUCGGAUGUCGCCAGUCAAUGUUCACUGGAUCACGGUCUCCAUGUUCACCCUGCUUCAGGAUUUGGAAAAUGAGGCGAGCUGUAAAGCCUUCGUAAAUUUGAGUGUCGGUGCGAAGGCUUUCGCCAAUCGAUGGCCGCUGGGAAAGGCAAUGUUGCGACUGGUGCAAGUAACGGCCAAGCAAAUGGAAGUAAAGUUGCCAUCCGAGACGGAUGCUCUGUUUAUUGACUUUGAAACAAGGAUAUGGAAUAUUGAGGACCGCAAACUUUUGAGUAGCCAGUAUCCCAACUUCGCACACUCAAUGAAGCGUGGUCAGGUCGAUGAAAUCGAAAUGGAUGCAUUCUUGGCCAAAUUCGAUGAUUUGUAUGUUGAAAGCGACAAGUCAGAGCCCGAGGAGGACGCCUAUAGUGGCUCAGGUGUGGAAUUCGGUUCCACCGGGGAUUCAGAGAUCGAUUUAUAUACCGAGGAUGGAUAUGGACGCGAGGAAGAAGAGUGCGAUAGUGGUGGCGAAGAUGAAAGCGAUGACAGCGACGAGGAUGAGGAGGACGAAACACAAUAUGACUCGGUAAUCAAUUUUUCAGAGUCCUAG